GCUCGCUAGAAGACCGGUGGCUACAAUGAGUGAAGAAUUUUUCCUCCUUUUUUUGACGAAUCAUGAGUGAAGAGAGGAUCGGGCCUACGAUGAGUGAAGAUUUUUCCCCUUAUUUUUGCGAAUCAUGAGUGAAGAGAUUCCGUUUCUGGACCAACCUGAGUCGAGUCGAAUAAAGCUCGCAUCCUUUUCUUCUUCUUCUUCUUCCCUUCCGUUUCAUCGGGUUUUCACCGCUACAGACUACCGUCACCACGGCCACUGGUCGCUCCACUAACGCGGCUGGUGGGGACGCCUCGCAUUACGCUAGGUACCGCGCGAAGCGGCGGUAAUCGGCAGCCCACCAGCCACCAUUACGGCCUGGCGGUAACUCGGAAGCCAGCCAACCAACCUGAAGCCCCCAUCCAUCACUCGGCGUGCGUCCAGAAGCAUCCCACACCGACCCGCCCGAUUCCCACACCACCCAGCCUCUUCAUCACCUUCCUCCACCUCCCACAUUCUUCACAUCCUUCCAUCUUUCCUCGCCGUGCGCGAGCCAGUUCCCAAGAAAGAUAAGGGGAGUGAAGACUGAAGAGAAGAGGAGAGAAGUGCGGCGCCCAGAGCUCCGGCCGUGCUCGGCAGCUCAUCCGGCCUGUGCGCGUUAAUCGCCAGCCGGGCAACUAGCUCCGGUAGCAGAGGCGAAGCUGUAGCCGGACGGCCGGGGAGGUUGGGGGCCGAGGCUUACCAUGAAGUUUAACACUAGAAAAGAUGUGGGAGGCGGCGGCGGUGGAGGAGGCGCGUCGUUUGCCGUCCCGUGCGUGGACAUCAAGUCGUUCGUGGCCUCGCUCGCCUUCCUCACGCUGUUCGUGGCGUUCUGGCAGCUCCAGCCCUACGGCUCCUUGCUCACCGCGGCCCGCUCCACCGCUUCCCCUUGUUCUCUCCUCGUCACAAAUGAAGCCGCCGUCGCCGCCACCGACCUUCACUCUUCUAAUGCCACCACGGAUACAGCCACAAACACGAAUCAGCCGGCAGUGGCUUCUGCUAAUACCGCCGCCGCCGCUAGUGCUGUCACGGUGCGGCAAGCGAGGGUGGGGAGGCCGGCGCGGGCGGAGGACCAGAACAAGCGGGUACUCCGGCCGUACGGCAGCGCGGCGGCGCUGUUCGUGCAGAUGGGGGCGUACCGGGGCGGGCCGCGGACGUUCGCCAUCGUGGGGCUGGCGUCCAAGCCCACCCACGUGUUCAGCACCCCCUACUUCAAGUGCGAGUGGCUGCCCAACCCCACCGCCGCCGACCCCUCGCCGCGCCCCGUCCGAACCAAGGCGUACAAGAUGCUCCCCGACUGGGGCUACGGCCGCGUCUACACCGUCGUCGUCGUCAACUGCACGUUCCCCUCUAACCCCAACGCCGGUAACGCCGGUGGCAAGCUGCUCGUCCACGCCUACUACUCCACCAACUCCCGCCGGUACGAGCGCUUCGUCGCGCUCGAGGAGGCGCCGGGUUCCUACGACGAGUCCCGCUUCAGCCCGCCGUUCCAAUAUGACUACCUCUACUGCGGCUCGUCGCUCUACGGCAACCUCAGCGCCAGCCGGAUGCGCGAGUGGGUGGCAUACCACGCGCGCUUGUUCGGGCCCAGGUCGCACUUCGUGCUCCACCACGCCGGCGGCGUCAGCCCGGAGGUGAGGGCAGUGCUGGAUCCGUGGGUCAUGGCCGGCCGCGUCACCGUCCAGGACAUCCGAGCGCAGGCGGAGUACGACGGCUACUACUACAACCAGUUCCUGGUGGUGAACGAUUGCCUGCACCGGUACCGCCACGCCGCCAAUUGGACUUUCUUCUUCGACGUCGACGAGUACAUCUACCUGCCCAAUGGGCAGACGCUUGAGGAGGUGCUCGGCAAGUUGUCCGGGUACACGCAGCUCACCAUCGAGCAGAACCCAAUGUCCAGCAAGCUCUGCGUGCAGGAUCCGAGCAGGAAUUACUCAAGAGAAUGGGGAUUUGAGAAACUUGUCUUCCGAAACUCGAUCACCAAAGUCAGGCGGGAUCGCAAAUACGCCAUCCAGGCCCGAAAUGCCUACUCAGCUGGCGUUCACAUGUCGCAGAACGUCUACGGGAGGACAACCCACAAGACAGAGAGCCUGAUCAGAUACUACCACUAUCACAAUUCCAUCAAUGUCAUGGGAGAGCCUUGCCGCGAAUUCGUCCCAAUGCCCGUCAACGGCAGCAAGAUCAUGUUCCAGGGAAUUCCCUAUGUAUACGACGACAACAUGAGGCGACUGGCAGGCGAGAUCAAGCGGUUUGAGAAGGAAACCAUUGGAUCGGCUCAGACAUAGCAAAUUGGGAACCGGAGCUGGCGGUACAUAUAAUACAUAUGACAUUCUUUGGAUGCAUAGCUCGUGUGGAGCCACUGCUGCGUCUGGCUGAUAAUCAGACGGGAGAGCCUGUUAGGGGUGGUCCAAAUGGUGUAAAGUUUUGGUUUUUAUUGGCAUGACCUCCUCUGCAGGGGCACUGCUGUUGCUGUAAUUUCUUGUCUUUUACCUUUUCUCCUUUAUCCCCACAUCUGUUCAUAGAGAUCUGUGUAGACUGAUGAUGCUGGCUUUUUAGUCUGUUACUAGAUUCUUUUAUUCUACUCCUGGGUUACAUGGAAAGUGUAGUGGAUUGGAUGUCGCGCUAUUGCAUUCCAAAGUCAGGAAGCGAGGCAUUUCUGCUUAGUGAUUUAUUUUCA